CCUUUAGAGAAGGAUAGAGGUUAGAGAGUCCUCCAAAUCUCCAGCCUCUUCUGUUCCAGCUUCUUCUAUUCCAGAUCUCCAGCCUCUUUUCAUAUCCGGCGGCAAAAGUAGCGAUGUCGGCGGCGGCAUGGCGGUGGGUUUGGAAGCAGCCGGCAUAUCUUCCAGAUCCAAGGCGCAUUACUUGGAUGGCGGGGACCUCCUCCACCUCCUCCUCCCGAUGUCCGUCGGCAUCGGCAGGGUGGUGGCUUCGGCCGGUAGCACAGAAAGAUCGGAUUUUUACCAUGCCCGAGCCAGCCGGAUUCUACUAUUCUGGGGCCAGUCGUGUUCGCCAGUUUGGCACAGCUAUCCAGUGGCCGGCGUUUCUUUCAGAUCCAGGGCGCGUUCGUCAGAUCUCCGGUGCCUCCUCCGGACCUCCGUCGGCGCAGGCGUUGACGGAGGCGGUGGCAUGGGGGCGGUCGACGUCUCCAACCUUUUCGUCGUCUCGAGCAGGAUGGUGGCGGCGGCAGCCAGCAUGGAAAAGUCGGAUCUAUGCCAGAUUAUUCCUUUCAGGUCUUGGUCAGGCUCGCCUGUUGAGCACAGCAAACCAGCAGCAACGGCAGACCACGAAGCCACAUCUGUACCUCGUACUUGAUGACCACCCGAACGGAUUCACGAUCCACAAGCUUGACAUUGACCUGCAAGUCGGCUCGAGCUCUGAAGAGAUCCCGCUGAACUUCCCUGAGCCACCCGCCCUACGCAUAGGGCCUCCAACAAUUGGGAAGUUUGCACAGUUUGCCGCCCUUGGCAGCCACAUCAUCGCCAUAUGUCCCUGCACCAAAGGACUUUCAAAGACAGAAGAGGGCUUCCGCGGUGCUACCCUCAUCUUCGACACAAAGACAUCUAUACUUUCUGUGUCAAAUAUUUUGCCGAGAAAGCUACCAUUCGGCUAUGAAGCAGCCAUAGCCGUCAGGAACAGACUAUAUGUGUUUGAAUCAUGCAUGGUCAUCAACGAAGGCUCAAAUGGUUUAUAUUUCUCUGGAGGCUUACAUUGUCUCGCUGCAGAUCCGAAUGGUGAUAAGAUGCACUGUGCUUGGCAACCCUUGUCCGAUUCCUCCCAGUUCUCUUGGAGUUGGACUGACAGCCCUCCUAAGUUACCUUUUGAUCCCAAGGGCAUCACUGCGUAUGCCCUGAACCCGUGCACGGGCAACAUCUUAUUGUCCGUUUCUGGGUUAGAGAGCUCGGGUACAUUUUCGUACGGUUUGGGAGGUAAAGCUCAGUGGACGUACCUUGGUAAUUUUGUGCUGCCAUUCAAAGGCCCUGUUCACUAUGACGAUGAGCUGGACGCAUGGGUUGGGCUUCACUUCCCCUCUCAUCAAACAAAGGAUACUGUUGGGUACAUUUGUGCAUGCCCUGUCUUUACUAGCAACGAGCUGCCGCAGUGGAAAUUGUGCAUGCAGAAGCUUUUUAUGGAAGACCCAUACUUGAGGCAUGUCGAUGCAAAGCUCGUUUACAUGGGUGAGGGUAGCAAGUACUGCCUCGUGGAGCGCCUCACACCUAUUGGAGCGGGUGAGAUGAAUUAUCUGAUCCGCCUGACCACGUUCAUUGUCAUCUAUGGUGAGGACAGGGUGCUCAGGACCAUACCUCACUCUCAUGCUCGCUUCUACAAGGCGCCCAGCUACGUUUUUAAAUUUGAUUUGCAAGCGUUCUGGAUGUAAUCUAUGCUCCAAGCUUUUUAAUCUACCCAGCUUAGUUUGAAAGAUUGUAUCUGCCAGAUCGUUGGAUCAAAUUCGAAUGUGGCUCUCUUUUAUAUUUUCUACGUCUUGCUUUUAUGACAUCUGAUAAUUUGCUCCCAAAGAAAAUGUUCCUCGUCAGAUCUUUAAUCUAUUUUGUUGUUGUGGAA